AUGGGAUCCCCAUCCAGAAAGGGCUACUGGGGUCUUGAGACUACACAAAAUCAAAUAACUAGGAGUGGUGAUAGAGGCUGUCCAGAACUAGUGGGAGUCAACGGCGCGAGAUUAAUAGGUCCAAGGUGUAACAGGGUGUAUGUGGAAGCGAAAGACUGGAGAGAAUGGUAUGCUACUAGGACCAAUACUGUGGGUAUAGAACAGCUCACGAACGAUCUUGUAUGGUCUUCAGCGUGA